AUGGUCCGUCUAACUGCUGAACUGAUAGAACAAUCAGCACAGUACACAAACCCAGUCCGGGACAGAGAACUUGAUUUAAGAGGAUAUAGAAUACCAGUUUUAGAAAAUUUAGGUGCUACUUUAGAUCAGUUUGAUACCAUUGAUUUCUCAGACAAUGACAUCAGAAAACUGGAUGGUUUUCCUUUAUUAAAAAGAUUGAAGAAUUUAUUAUUUAACAAUAACAGAAUAGUACGAAUAGGUGAUGAUCUAGAACAGUCUAUACCUAAUCUAGAAUCUUUAAUAUUGACUAACAAUGGUUUACAAGAAUUAGGCGAUCUAGAUUCUUUAUCAUUAUUACCCAACUUGGAACAUUUAAGUUUAUUACGUAAUCCUGUAACAACAAAGAAAAACUACAGAUUUUAUGUCAUUCAUAAAGUACCUCAAAUUCGUGUUCUUGACUUUCAAAGAAUCAAAUUAAAGGAAAGACAAGCAGCAACUAAAUUAUUUAAAGGAAAGAAAGGCCAACAAUUAGUACAAGAAUUAGGAAAAAGAAGUAAAACAUUCACAGUCAUUGAUAAACUACCUGAUAAACGUGGUGUUAGUAAUGGUCCAUCUAAAGAAGAAAUAGAAUCAAUCAAGAAAGCAAUAGCUAAUGCUAAAAGUUUAGAUGAAGUUGAAAGACUCAAUCAGAUGUUGAAGUCUGGUCAGGUGCCUGGAAAAGAAGUUAAUGGUAAACGAAGAAAAGGUCAGUACUUAGUUUUAAUUUAA